AUGAGUGGUGCUGCUCCUGAUACGGCAUGCCGGAAGCGGCUGAGGAGUCAUGACAGCACCAUGAUGAAGAUUCAGAGUGAUGACAAUGAGGAGGGAAAGAAAAUGAGUGGUGGUGGCAGUGAGGUGAAGAACAGGAAGACAUCCAUAGCUGCCUUCUUGGAGAAGGGGAAGCAAAAGGAAGGGAGAACAAACAGCAACAAGAAUAUGAUGGCUGAUGACCAGGAGAAGGAAGAGAGGAUUAUAUGGAAUGGUCACAAUAAGGUGAAGAGUACGAAGGAGGAGUCCACUGCAUCCCUUGAGAAGAUGAAGAAGAAGCAAAAACUUUGCAAUGCCAACACCAAGAAGAAAAUGCAAAUUGAUGAUAACGACGAGGGAAAGAAUAGGCAUAGUGGGAACCAUAAGUUGAUGAACAGGAAGGAGUCCCCCACGUUAUGUGAGAAGGAGAAGAAUAAGGAAAAGCUGAACAAAACACACAAGGAGAAGAUGUGGGCUGCUGACCGCAAGGAGAGGAAGAUACUGAGCCGCCACAAUAGCAUAAUAAAGAGCGGGGAGGUGUCCACUGCAUUCUUUGGGAAGGAAAAGAAAGGAAAAAGGCUGAACAAGACCAACAAUGAGGAGCUGCAGAGCAAUGGAGAUGAAGAAAAUGCACCAUUCACACUUGCUGUUAAGGAGAAGAGAAUGAGGCUCAGUGAGAGCACGGAGGCAAUGAUGUGCCAUGACAAACCAAAUAGGAGAAGUUUGCCAUCUAUUGUAUCCAAAGAGAAGAAGAUCGAUACAUCUAGUGGUUCUAAAUAUAAGAAAAGGAAGAGGGAUCACACAUUACCCAAAAAAGGAAAGAGGAGUGAUAAUAAGAUUCAUAGUGGUAGGGUGCAGGAAAAGAAGAUAUGUGGUGCUGGCAAGGAAAAGAAUAAGCAUACUUCCUUCGCAUUCUUCAAGAUCAUAUACAGCAGCUUCGAGGAAUUUCUGCUUAUACCACCAGCUGUUGCACGCAAUUUGGCAGAUUUGACUAAUCACCAUGUAUAUCUUGAAGAUUCAGAGAAAAGACGUUCAGAGGUCGGGCUAUCUGUGAUGGAUCGUGUCGUGCGGAUGUUUCACGGGGGUUUGGUCAACAACAACGGGGAAUUCGAGGGAAUGGAGGAUGAGUGUGGUGGUAUUGGAAUGCGAAUUCGUGGUCGGUUUGACUCAGGAGGUGCUAGGGCUCACUAUGCUCUAAUGGAGUUAGCUUCGGAAUUUGAUUGGCAGACAUACAAAGAGGUUCUAGGGGCAUGUCAAGUCAAAUUACCGGAAGUGGUUGUUGAAUGGCAUGGAAUGGAUAGCCUUCAUGUCGGAGUUAGGGCUUCAGUUCCAGUUGAAGAGGAGCCUGUCCAGCAUUUGACCCAGGAGGCACCAUGCAACGAGCCUGUUGGUUGGGUUGGCGCUGAGGAACAUGUCGGAGUUAGGGCUUCAGUUCUAGUUGAAGAUGAGCCUGUCGAGCAUUUGACGCAGGAGGGACUAUGCAACGAGCCUGUUGGGUGUGUUGGCGCUGAGGAUGAUGCCCCUAGUGCUGGAGGUUGUGAUGGUGGAGUGGGUUACGACUUGGCCGUCGUGAACAAUGACUUUGACGAUGCGACAUUUGAGGAAGAGGCGGCGGAACAAGCCGAGGAACAUAGGAUGGAAAACGAGGUAUGGUCAGAUUCAGAUAGGGAGGAAGAUGGAACGGGAGAUGAUACUAGUAGGGCAGAUGAAAAUGAUGGUCAUGGCCAACAACAGGAACAUGUGGAAGACGCCAAAGGGCAGGAUCGGGAAGAAUAUGUUGACUAUGGUGGUUGGCAAUCAGCGUACACAGCGCAGGAAUUGCGAACAUUGACGGCUGUUCAUGUCCAUCUACCGGAGGUCCCGUUGUUCGUUGAUGUUAGCUUGGCGGACGCGGCGGUCUGUGACAGCGGCCUUCUGACCAGCAAUGAUGAGCCGACAACAGAGUCUGCGAUAAUUCGUAAGGGGAUGAGGUUCCCCACUCUAGAGGCGUUGAAGUUGUGGCUUCAGGACUAUGCAGUUCGGCACCAUCGUCCAUUCACUGUGGUUCACUCGCAGCGAUCAACGAGAUAUACAGUUAUGUGCCAGAUGGGCUGUGGGUGGGUCUAUGGGCCCGUAAUGCAUCUAGAGAUGGAAUGCCAUGGAAGAUAA